GUACACAAAUGUAGGUGGAGCGAAGGGGCGACAGAAGAGCACUGUCAAGAAGUUUUUGCACUCUGUUCCUCUUGUCUGCACCGUCGCUGAGCUAACAAAUACAACAAUAAGAGGAUAAAGAGGAGCGUGAGUGUGACUCGGACAUAGCCAUGGAUGGUGUGUAUGGAUGGGGCUUGACCCCGCUGAACCAAGUACAAACAACCCCUUACAUCGAGAUUAUUGAGCAGCCAAAGCAGAGGGGCAUGAGGUUUAGGUACAAGUGUGAGGGACGUUCAGCGGGCAGCAUUCCCGGAGAGAAGAGCAACGACACCACUAAGACUCAUCCAGCAAUCAAGGUGCACAACUACAGUGGCCCUCUGCGUGUUCGCAUUUCACUGGUAACAAAGAAUGCUCCACACAAGCCUCACCCUCACGAACUGGUUGGGAAGGACUGCAAACACGGUUACUAUGAGGCCGACUUGCAGGAGAGACGAAUACACAGUUUCCAGAACCUGGGCAUACAGUGUGUGAAGAAGAAGGAUGUGAACGAGGCCAUCACUUGUAGGCUGCAGACCAAUAACAACCCCUUCAAUAUACCUGAAGCAAAGGUGUGGGAGGAGGAGUUUGACCUGAACUCAGUUCGACUCUGCUUCCAGGCUUCCAUCACUCUGCCCACGGGGGAGACGUUUCCUUUGGAGCCUGUCGUAUCGCAGCCCAUUUACGACAACAGAGCUCCAAACACAGCAGAACUGAAGAUCUGUCGAGUCAACCGUAACUGUGGGAGCUGCAAGGGAGGCGAUGAAAUCUUUCUACUGUGUGACAAAGUGCAAAAAGAAGAUAUCGAGGUGCGUUUCUUCAAGGACUCCUGGGAGGGAAAAGGUACGUUCUCUCAGGCUGACGUCCACAGGCAGGUGGCCAUUGUGUUCCGCACGCCGCCAUACCAUGACACUAAUCUCAAGGAGCCCGUUAAGGUCCAAAUGCAGCUGCGCCGCCCGUCCGAUCGUGAGGUCAGCGAGCCAAUGGAAUUCCAGUAUGUGCCUGUUGAACAAGAUGAGUACAGACUGUGUCAAAAGAGGAAAUGCACAGGAGACAUGUUCCAGAGCCUGAAGCUGGGGCCCAUGCUGUCCACUGUGUGCAUGCCACAAGAAAGACGACACAUCAGCACUGCAAGGAGGACAGUCGCAGUCAAGCCUCCAGUGAUGAACACACAAGCUGCACCUACACUGCCCCCUGGUGCCAGUGCAGCCAAAUCUCAGGCUCCGUACUGCUUCCAACCCAAGGUGGAAGCAUCCUCUGCCUCCAUCUCAGCUGCAACCACAAAUCAAACAUGGAAAAUCAUGGAGAGCCUCAACCUUGGGCCUCGGCCCAAAGCUACUCCUGUGAGUUUCUCCAUGACCAAACCACCAUCCUCCACCUCUUCCUCUUCUUCCUCAUGUAGCUCCACCACCAACCAGGAAUACUCCACUGUCAACCUGGCAGACCUUCCUGAUUUCUUCCCCAACAUUUCCUCCACCCUUACCCAAGAGCCCUCUAGUCCCGGAUACCCAAUUUUCAGGGCGGGCACACGCUUGGCGGAUGAAGAUAUCCCAGAGUUCCCAAGCUUUUCUGAGGCGCAAGGCACCUUGGAAAGCCUGAACAUGGAUGAGUUUGAGGACCUUCUGAAACCCUGCCUUGUGAAUGAGGACGAAAACAAUGCCCAGCCUUCGUGCCAACAAGUUCCAUCGGCUGCCCAGAACAACACAUUAACUCAGAACUCUUCUGAGCCUGCCUCCAACCCGGGAAGCACCUGGAUGAAUUACCCAAACAGCAUUGUCAACCUGCUUCAGAAUGAAAACAUGAUCGUUAUGGGCUCCUCCAGCAACAACUACCAAGCCCCUGUGCUGGACGAGUUUGACGAGCUCAUGUCUGCUGACGAGGAUCGUCUCAUUUCCAUUUUUAACAGUGAAAGCCAUGCUGGCUUUGUGUCAGGACACCAUACCUAGAGUCUGUCUAUGAAAAUGUCUUACCGAGGACACAUUAUGAUGCGGCACGUUUACUGGCCACUUCAGCCAUUCAAGCCUAAAAGUCCUUCUCUGUCGAUUAAGACAACAAGGGAAACGAGGUGGAUGGGAGAAGCUGGAGCAGACAGAAUGUAGCAAAGCAGCUCUUUGUCAAAGCACGUUUAAAAUCCAAACUGUAAAGUCAGUGUGCGCUACAUGCUAAGUGUGUUUAACUGGGGUUUUUUUUGUGAUGAACACAAAACCCAAACAAACAACAAAGAUUUUAUUGCCCUUGUUAAACUGUUGUUUAGCAUUAAUCAUUAACAGUCCUGAUGAUGCUAUGGUUAUCCUCCAACCAAGUAGGUUUGAUAAAUACAAACCAAUCAGAUGCAUUGCUGACGUCAUCUAUUUCAGAACACAACCUCAACUAAACGUUUCUUUUUCAUAUUUCCUUGAUGUACAAUCUGAAUUGUACCUUUGAACACAGCAGCUGGUAUCUAAAAGUUUUUAUGACGCGUCCCCGAACUGUAAUAUUGUAACUUAAAGCUGCAGUCCGUGAAUUACUUUAGUUCAGAUCUGUGCUAAAGAUAUCUAGGUUUUUAAAUCUGUCGUUGAUUAAGAAUCUUUUCUAGUGUUUUCCGUUUUGUACAUUAUGCAGUCAGGAGUCAGACAUGCAGAAAGAGCCUGUGGGUCGGUAAUGAUGAACCACCCCCCCCCCCCUCCUUUAGCAAACUCGUUCACAAGGAGACACGCUGGAGAGAGAGUGAAAUGAGAGUGAAAAGUACCUAUGAACAGGAAGUGACACAAUGACCAUGUCCCCAUUCAUAGCCUACAACUAAAUAAGGUGUUGUCAAAAUAUGUUGCUGCCCAAGACAGAGGUCAGUAAUGUUUGUCCCAGUGGCCUGCAACACCUGUAACCGUAACACCACGUCUUUGUUGAGGGUAUGAACAAAACUGUAAGAAGUGAUGUUGUGGAAAUGGAAUCAAGGUGUAUUUGUACAUAAUUAUGACAGAGGCAUUAUUAUUAAUUACAUGCUUAUGGCAGUGAAUCAUACAAAAGGCUCAUGCAGGUAUUUAAGCUUACUAAUCUUCCUGUCCCUUCCUUAUUCUAGGAAUAUGCUGCUUCAAAACACCACGGUUUCUGUACUGUGGCUCAACCGUAUGUACUCGAGUUAAUUUGCUUUAUUGACAUAGCAUUAUGCAGUUUUAUACCAAUUGUGUAAACAGAUUGUACUGUAAAUGUUUCUGCUUUCGUUAUUGACUAAGUCUAUACAAAUCCUUGGCAAACACUUGGCAAUAAAAGACAGCUUACAAA